ACAGAGAGCCUCCGGCGGGUAUCGAUCCUGCGCCUCAUCAUGUACGUCCAUCAUGAAGCAUCCAGACCGUUAGAGGCCGGUGUAUCAUAGCAACGAGUGGCAACAAAAGUUAACUGGAAAAGAUGGCGACGAGAGAGCAACAAGCCGCUGAUUACCUGGAGAAACACAAAAUCAGGGAGCUCAUGGAAAACCUGAUCAGCAUGCUCUUCUACUACAGACCCGAGAAUCCCAGAGAAUUUCUUAUUGAGCAGCUGAAGUUGGUGAAGCUUUCUCAACAGACUGGUGUGACAGGUCCAAAUCUGUUUGACGACUCUAACCUGGAUGCAGUCUUAGGGAUACUGGACCCUACUAAUCAAAAAUACAUCACUUUUGCCCAAUACAAGCAGGCUCUGAUCACACUGGGCAUAAAGGACAUUAAUGAAUGUCCUGACGGUGUAAAUGAAGACAGAAUAUCCUAUGAGACAUUCAAAACUGAAGCGGUGCAAGGCCUGCAGAGAUACUCAUCAACAUACGUACAACAAUGAAACCAGUGUCGACUUCCACUCAGCUCCUGUGUUAUGUUGUGUUGUGUUAUCUUAUGUAAUUCUAAAAAAAAAAAAAAAAAAAAAAAACUGGGGCUGCCAAACUUCAAGAAAUAACACAAA